UAGACGCUAGCCUGUGUGGAGGUGAGGUGAUCAAUAUCGCCGCAAACUUGCUCAUAUAAUUCCGAACCAACAUGGUCCACGCCGCCAUAUACCUUGGCGGAGUAUCUUUGCUCAGGAUCAUGUAAAACCUCUUCCCCCUUCAAUUGUGGCUAUUUUCACGGUAUGCUAUCACUAGUAUCUAUCCUCUUCAUAAUCGACUAUCUACGACUAUCUUCACACCAAAACGUCGAGCACGGGGACCAUUAAAACUAUAUGGAUACACUUACAGCGAUGAAACAUGCCGAAUCAUCAUCUUCUAUCCUUCCGUCGCCUUCGGGGUCGAUGUCAAUGCCAGUGCCGAUGUCAAGUAUGGCUUCCACAUUCUCCGUGAACACCCACGUUACGCUUUGGUUCACGGACUGGACUACAACAACUCCUGGGGCAUAUUUCCUUACUGUCGUCUUUCUCUUCAGUUUAGGACUGUUCAAUCGUUUCCUUGGCGCAUUGAAAACCCAAUUGGAGAGAAAAUGGAAUAACACAACUACUAUUGCGUAUGAUAACGCAGUGCACAAGGAGUCAUCGAGUCCUAGCGAUCGAACAACGAGGGGCCACCUGAGAAAUUGGAGUCAGAUUCUUCGACCACACACAUCGCGGACAGUCAGUCGGGUUGAACAUGAGAUCGAACCACUUAGUCCUGGAGUUGCUGGGAUUGAAGCCAUAGAUCCCGCGGAAAGUCCCCGCUCUCAACCAAGGACAUUCUGGGUAGCGCGCGGUCGUUGGAGCUUGAAACGAGAUGGAAUCAGUGCAUUUCUAGAGUUUAUAAGGGCACUCGUUGGAUAUGUACUGAUGUUAGCUGUGAUGACAUACAAUGUCGGUUUUCUUUUUGCUGUAACGGGCAGCGUCUUGAUGGGCGAGUUGUUGUUCGGAAGGUAUACACAAGGUCCCAAAGGGUGGCAGGAGGGCGGCUGCCACGAAUGAUAGUUUGCAUUAUUGCUGUGCUACUGUCUUAUCGUAGUUUACAUGGCAAGAAAGUAAUGGUUGCUGUUCCAAAUGUAACAGGUGAAAUUCAAGAUAAGCCUGAACACACGGCUGGGAGCUGAACUAUGCUAUGCCCAUGUGUGCUUUUAUGGAGACCAUGUGAACACAUCUUUAUCACGAUCCAUUCUGUUUGAGGAUUCCCCGGUGCCGGUGUUGCCUCCUAUAGGCGAGAUGCUGGAGAAGUUAUUUUUGAAUGGUAUGUGAACAAACCAUUGACUCUUUUCCAAUGAAAAAUUAGUUCUCUUAAUGUACGAAAUUAUCAAUAAUAAUUUUGUUACAUAUGAAUGAGCUUUAGAACCGACAAAUUACAUAAAUGACAGAGAUAGCAACAUCAGAGAGUUUAC